UGUGAUAAUGUCAAUUCUUCACCUUCAAAUGAAAAUCCCAAACAUAAUAAUUUCACCAAUAAUUCUGAGCUUACAAAAAGUUAUUCAGAAACUGUGACAAAAUGUCAUGAUCAGAAUAGUAUUCUUGAUGACCCUAAUGAUGAUAUACUUAAAUCAGAAAAUCAAAUAGUAGAGGGUUUGGUGUAG